UCCUUUACUUGCAUGCCAGCAUCAGCAUCUUUCUACAUUGUGUUCUGUUCUCCCUCACUUUAUAUACCCCUUCAAACACAAAAGCCUCUACGCACUUCCUUCUGCCACAUCUUCCAAAUCAAAGCAUUCCACCUGCAAAAAAUUAGCUUUGACCAUGCUGAAACCUUUAGUUGAUCCUGAAUAUCUCAAGGAGAUUGAGAAGGCUCGUAGGGACCUUCGCGCUCUUAUCUUCAACAAAAAAUGUGCUCCUAUCAUGCUUCGAUUAGCCUGGCACAGUGCUGGUACCUACGAUGUUAAAACCAAAACAGGAGGCCCCUAUGGCUCUAUCAGGAAUGAACAAGAGUUGAAUCAUGCUGCAAAUAUGGGGUUGAAAAUAGCAGUUGACUUAUGUGAGGAAGUGAAGGCUAAACAUCCAAAAAUUUCCUAUGCGGAUCUUUACCAGCUUGCUGGUGUUGUUGCAGUAGAAGUCACUGGGGGUCCAACAAUUGACUUUACUCCUGGUAGAAAGGACUCAUUGGAAUCUCCACCAGAAGGGCGCCUUCCGGAUGCCAAACAAGGUGCAUCUCAUUUAAGGGAGGUUUUCUAUCGCAUGGGUCUAAAUGACAGAGACAUUGUGGCUCUAUCUGGUGGUCACACUUUGGGUAAGGCACAUAAAGAGCGCUCUGGCUUUGAAGGUCAAUGGACAAGAGAGCCUUUGAAGUUUGAUAACUCCUAUUUUGUGGAGUUACUGAAGGCGGAUUCAAAAGACUUAUUGAAACUCCCCUCUGACAAAGCUCUUGUUGAAGAUCCUGCAUUCCGUGUGUAUGUUGAACUAUAUGCGAAGGAUGAGGAUGCAUUUUUCAGAGAUUAUGCAAGUUCACACAAGAAACUCUCAGAGCUAGGUUUCAUCCCCAAUAAUGGUUCCAUUUUGGUCAAGGGAGCUAUUGGAUUCGCCAUUGCCUCAACUGUGGUGAUCAUUGGUUACUUACUUGAGCUCAGCAGAAAAACCAACUGAGUAGAUUAUUGUUAUUGUAAUAAUAAUAAUGUUCAAGUCCCCAAAAUUGGACUCUUUGCUUAUUUUAUUCUUUCAGGGAAAUAAAGUGAUUAUGUCGUAUAA